UUACUGUAAGUUGACAUUGCAACUACACCACAAAGCAGCCGUUUGUCAGGUGGUGGUGGGCCAUAUAGUGUAUUGACGAGGAACGGGAUGUACAUUCAUCAGUUUGUGACGAGGAACGGGAUGUACAUUCAUCAGUUUGUGCUAAGCAACGUCACUUCAACUUUUCUGUUCCUGUUGUUCCUUCAAGAGUGCCUCUGUGAUGCCAACCUAGCAUUGAAUAAACCAGCCAGCCAGUCAUCGACUUACAAGAUUAACAAUGCUGAUAUGGCAGUAGACGGUGACAUUAACACGUGUAGUCAUACAGCGGAUUACAAGUCAACUGCUAUCUGGUCUGUGGAUCUACAAGGCUACUACGAAAUACACAACAUUACCAUCUAUAACAGAGAGGACAGAUUUUACUUCAGAUUUCAUGAUUUUGAAGUCACCGUACUUGGGAAUACACACCAACACUGUCCAGCCUUGUGUUUGACCUAUCCCGGAGUCCUCCCCAGAUGGGGCGUAUCGUUGCAGUGCCAUGAUGGAGUCCGGGGCAGGUUUCUCCGGCUCACAAAAGUAGUGGAAAGUGACAGAGAUACGCUGAACAUGUGCGAGAUGCAAAUCUACGGUGCACCAGUGCAAGAGAGCGGAUUAUGUCAAAGUCAAAGAAGAUUUGAUCGCACGGAGGGUAGAAAAUACGAUGGACCUGACACGAUUGACCUGACAGCGACAGAAAAAGUCUUGACCUGUGCAUCGCAGUGUGGGAGGGCAGACGUCUGUAUCGGCUUCAACUACAACGUAGUGACAGGGCAGUGUCAGGGUAUCACCAAUCAGAAUGAAGCGAUGAUCGAAAACCAUGAAUGGUCACACUACACAACAGCAUGUUAGAAUUAAGUGACAAGUUACCGUGCCUUCAAUACCUACCCUGCAGGAUGUUUCCUUUUUAAACCUUCACACUAGUUUCGAAUAUUAUUAUCCCAGGCUCACAGUAGAUUAAGGGGCGGUCGGGGAGCCCAGUGGUUAAAGCGUUCGCUCGUCACGCCGAAGACCCGGGUUCGAUUCCCGACAUGGGUACAAUGUGUGAAGCCCAUUUCUG